AUGCCACAAAUAAAAGUCAUAAAUAAUGCCUAUCAUUCAAAUCACAAUAACAUGAAUUAUAAUAAUUUUAAACCACAGUCCCCCCCUGACUUACCAUAUUCAUAUAUUUCUCCGUUAACAGAUGAUUUAAAUAUUAAAGAAAUUGCGAAAGGCAAAACUAAGCCAUGGUAUAAUAAAAAACAAUCUCAUUUAUUCAGAAAGGCAUCGAAUUUUGAUAUUGAUAAAGAUUCAACUUAUUCUAAGGAUAACCACUCUGCAAGAAAUUUAUUAGAUGAAAAUCCUCAUAAAAUGAAUAAAAAUUUCAGAAGACAUAUUUACCCAAAAAAAAAUAAUGAAUUCCCAUCUAAUGAAAUUGGAGAGGCGACAUCAUUGAAUAAUAUUACAAACACAGAUAGCAGUAGCAACGACACAUUUAUUAAUGGUAAUGUCACAAACAAGGAGACAAAACCAAUAUUUCCAAAUAUAAAUAAAGAUAAAAGUUAUAUAACAAGUGAUCAGCCAGAUAAAAAAAAAUAUCUUAAAAAUAUUGAGGGGAAAUAUACAACUUCAUCGUUAUCAGAAGACUUGUAUUCUGUGAUACCAAAAAAUAUUCAAAACUGGAAGAGACAUGAUAUGAAACAAAUUAAAAAGAUAUUAGCAGACCUAAAGAAAAAUAAAGAGAAAGUCGUGAAAACAUUAACGAAGCUAACCGUAGAAUUUUCAAAAUGGGAAGAAACCUUAGACACUUUGGAUCCUGAUGUUUCAGAACUUACAAGAGAAUUUAAAUUUCUUUUCCAUGAUGAAAUGAUGUCUGAACGCCUUUUAACUAACAGUUACAACACAAUGGAAAUAGCAUUUACUAAUGUAAUGAAUAGAGAAAGUGAAUAUAAUAAUUUUGCAAAACAAAUAACCGAAGCAAAUAAGAACCUACAAAAGAUUAUAAAUAAAGAAGGUUAUAAUUCUGAAGAAUAUAUUUUUGAAAAAGAAAAGAGAGAAUCUAUGAAUAAUUCUUUACUUGUAAAGAGAAAUCAUUACCAAGAAUCUAUAUUAUGCAAUAUGCGUAAAAAUUUAAUGGAUCAUACUCAGAUUAAAUUGAAUUGUUUCUCAAAGUCCAAAGAAAUCGGAACAGAAAUUUUAAUGAAUUCAUUAAUUAAACUAAAAAAUUCUGAAACAGAUAAUUAUCAUAAUUUAUUAAAACAGAUAAAAAAUAAUUAUAGUGCCAACAAUGAAAGUAAAAACAAUGAUAACCUCGAGAUAUUUUUAAACAAACUAGAAGUUAAAGUAUCGAAAGAUUAUAAAGACACAGAUGCAUCAAAUAAUGAAAAUAAAAAAGCAUUCCAAGAUGAAUAUUAUUUGGCGAAUCUAUCUUACAAUGAUAGUCGUUUGAAAACAUUAGAACAAAGUCCGAUUACUGGGAAUAAAUUUUUAAGAGGAGGCUUCAAUAAUAGAGAAAGUAACGAAAAUGGAACUACGCCAACGAAAAAUCCGAAUAAAGAUGUUAUCAUAAGCAAAAAAAAAAGUAUUGAAGAUCCUGUUGGAAAUAGUAAAAAUAUUGUUGUAAAAAAUGAAAUACUUGCUUCUUCAAAUGAGAACUUAGAAUCAUUUAUUGAUGGUUUUUCAAAUUUAAGAGAUAAAGAAAAUGCCAGUGGUAUUUUGUUUAAUAUCGGAGACGAUCAGAAUAAGGUUGACUUAGAAGAUGAAAGCGAAGUUGAGAACAAUAAAUGGGCUUGA